CUCUCUUAGUUUCUACAAGUCAAGCAUUUUCAGGCCUUAAGCCGAUGCUUGAAUACAAUCAGACGCAUGAUCACAUUUAUUUAAUAUUUUUUUUUAUCAAUGCACAGGAUGGCUGAUGCAAUGAAGCCUAAAUCUUACCGUGAGAGCUCGUCUUCUAGGACGAGAAGGACACUUCGGUUUUACCCAUCAUAGCGCGACUACAUGUCAAUUUUCAUUCGCUCAACCGCAAGUCGGAUUUAUAUGUCAGUUCAAGAUCAAUUUCUAAUAUCCGUCAUAUCUUUGUAUUUUCAUCCAAGGCCGUGAAUAAACUUCUGUGUGGUUUUAUGACCUUCUCUUUUUCGUUAAAAUCCUGCUCUCCCACAAUUUUUGAGCGCGUCAAGGGUUGUUAGAUGUUUCAGUCCGUCUAAAAUCCAACCAACCCGAAGUGCGCGACAGGUGGUUUCACGAUAACUGGAAUAGUUUUGUCGCCGUAACAGACAACACAUUUUUCGGUCAUAUUUUUAGUAGUUAGAACUGCCCAUAGCAACUAUGAUGAUGAGUAAAUUUUGGUUUAAAGUUUUUAAAACUUCUCGAUUAACUAAUUUUGACCGGAGCUUAAAUAAACAUGGAAUAAACUUUAUUUUUAAUAAUGAUAACAAUACCAGCAGUGUAAGUGCCUUCAACCAUUCUUUUGUUCGCCUGUACCAUGAAGUGGACGCACACGAUAUACCAAAUGUGUCCGUCUCCAAGAUGAAACGCUUCUUAGAGCUGAAUGGUCUUGGAGUUAAGGAUGGCUAUGCUUGUCUCAUCACCUCUUGCAAAUUCUGCACCAGUGCCACAGAAGACUCAGCAUUAUUUGUCAACAAAGUUACUGGAUUCUAUCAAUGUUCUAACUGUGGGAUUUCUGGCCAGUGGAGCACAUUGCAGAAUCAAAUCAACAAUAAAGGAGAAGGAGAGCUGCCAAAACCAAAGCAUGUCAUCAAAGAGGACCCUGCUGAUUCAAAGUGGCGUGAACUUAGUGAAAAAUUACAAAAUUUGUCAUCACUUCCUCCCGAUGAAAGGAGCAAAAUCAUUGAGAAAUUUGACCUAAAGGGUCUAUCAAAAAAUGUGAUCGCUCAACUAGGUAUUCUUGUGGACUCGGAAAAAACUACUUUGUAUUUUCCUCUGAAAAAUGCACAAAACUGCGUUGUUGGCUUUAAAGAAUUAAACUUACAAGACUCAGAAAUUACCGUGCCUUCCAACAAUUGCUCUGGUGUUCUACGAUUAUCGCAUCCUGAUGAUGAAAAACGGACUGACAACCCAAAACAAGCGAUUAUCGUGCAUUCUCUAAAAGAUCUUGUGGCUUUGUCAGCAUACAGCCUACCGUACGAUAAAAUAUGCCUUCCUCAUGGACUGCUGAGCUUGCCUCAAGAACUGUUACCCUUGCUGGAACAGUAUAAGAAAAUUGUGCUAUGGUUUGGAAAUGACACAGCCAGUUGGGACUCCGCAAAGAAUUUCGCAAAGAAACUUGAUGAGAGAAGAUGUUACUUCGUCAGGCCCAUUGAAAGUCAACCUGCCCCUCAUAUUGCUCACAAGAAUGAGCUUAAUUUUUCAGAAAUAGUCAAGUGUUCUCAGCCAAUUUGCCCCGACUCUGUAACAACAUUUUCAUCACUGCGAGAAGAGUUAUUGGCAGAACUGCAAAACAAAAAUAAUACUCAAGGUGUAAAAUGGAAACGAUUUCCGGGAUUGAACAACAUACUGAAAGGUCACCGGCGAGGGGAACUUUCAAUCUUAACUGGUCCAACAGGUUGCGGAAAAACAACACUUAUGAGUGAAUUAUCACUGGAUUUAGCCAUGCAAGGAGUUACCACCCUUUGGGGAAGUUUUGAAAUAAAGAAUCAUAGGCUUGCCCGCACAAUGUUACAGCAGUAUUGUAUGUUACCAUUAGAACAAAACCUGAAAGAUUUCGAAUUUUGGGCAGAUCAAUUCGAAAAAUUGCCGUUGUAUUUUCUCACUUUCCACGGUCAGCAAAAUUUACAGGUUGUCAUGGAGGCUGUUGAACAUGUCACUUAUGUUUACGAUAUUGCACAUGUCAUCAUUGAUAAUGUUCAGUUCAUGUUGGGCUUGGGAGAAAAAGAGAAUAUGUACAUAGAUAGGUUUUAUCGACAAGAUUUGAUCAUAGCAGCCUUUCGGUCCUUUGCAACUAAGAGAAACUGCCAUGUUACGUUAGUCAUCCACCCAAGGAAAGAAAGAGAAGGCGAACAGCUGUCAGCCAAUUCAAUUUUUGGAAGUGCAAAAGCCUCUCAAGAAGCAGAUAAUGUUUUCAUCAUUCAACACAAGCAACACUCUCAAACGGCCGAGCUGAAUAAGUAUUUACAGGUUGCAAAAAAUAGGUUUUGUGGGGAUUUAGGAAUAGUCCCAUUGCAGUUCCAUAAAGAUUCUCGAAGUUUCUCCAAAUCUAAAGAGAAAGCUGAGGGUGAAGAAUUCUAAAAUGAGAACCACCUUUAAGUUUGGACACCUCAGGAAAAUUUAGCCAUUCUAAUCAAACUUGAAAUUAGAAUCAGAUCCUUUUUCCCCUUAUUUUUUUUUCUUUUUCAAUCAGCCCAUUCAUAGUUGUGCCACUUUUUCGUAGCUUCAGUUUUCGUGUAUUCUGAAGAACCCAACAUUUGUGAUAUUUUGAUAAGUUUAAGUUAUGUAACAAUGCAUUUAAAUUGCAUUAUGCUCCUGAUAUUAUUUUUAUAUCAACUUUUUAAUUGUGAGUGUGAAAUAAUACUUAAUUUUCUA